UACCAAUCAUAUUUCUCGGUUACUCUUGAGGAAUUGGAGUAAAACUGACAGUCUAGGAAAUACAGAAUGAUUGUGUUCUUAUGCUAAGAAAAUACAGUAUAACUUCUGAAUCAGUACAGUACUACACUACAGUCAUAAUCAUAAGAUGUUUCUAACAUCUCUCUUGGAGCUUGUGUGUCUUAGCCUUUGUAUCAUUGCUGUAAAAGGCAAUGACUGGUGCUAUCAAGGCUGUGAAUACACACCAUCUCAUUGGGACAAACUCUCCCAUUCUCAGUGUGGGGGAGAAAGACAGUCACCCAUUAACAUUGAUACAUCUGAAGUGAUUGCGGAUUCCAGCCUUGGAGUCUUUAACUUCAUCAAUUUCUCCAAUCCAAACAGCAUGAAGUAUCUCAUCAAUACGGGACACGCAGUGAAAUCUGUGCUGGAGAACAAUAUGGUGGAGAUAGAAGGUGGUGGCCUGAGGCACAAGUACUCCACCAUACAGUUCCAUUUCCAUUCGGGGUACAACUUGUGGCACCCAGGAUCUGAACACUUAAUCGAUGGUGAAAGGUACCCAAUGGAGAUGCACAUUGUUAGCCUGAAGAAAGGACUCUCAGUGGACCAAGCACUAGCUGAUCCGGAGGGAAUUGCUGUUCUUGGAUUCUUUAUUGAUGUAACAGACAAAGAAGAAUCACCUGAAAAAUGGAACAAUCUGACAUCAUACCUUAUUAAUAUAACAGAAAAGAACUCUACAGUUGAUAUCAAAGACUCAAUCUCCAUUGAUGACUUGUUGGGAGAUGUGAACCGCACCAAGUUCUAUCGCUACAAAGGUUCACUGACCACCCCCCCUUGCAGUGAAGUUGUGGUAUGGACAGUUUUUCAAGAGCCAAUCAAAAUCAGUGCACAUAUGGUGGAGCUAUUCAUCAGAACUUUGAACUCUGUGAAAGCCUAUCGACCCAGACAAAAUCUCUAUGGCCGUAAGAUCUAUGCCUCUCCAGGAAUAAAUCAGUCAUCUGGACAUUCUUGGUGUUAUAAUGAUCACUGUGAUUACAGCCCCUCUCACUGGAAUAUGCUCCCGGGUGUGAAAUGUGGGGGAAACACACAAUCACCCAUCAACAUUGAAACCGAACAUGUGACCUUUGACAAAAGUCUCAAUAACUUCACCUUCACCAAUUUUUCAAAUUUGCACAGUAUGAAGUAUUUCAUCAACACUGGCCACACAGUGAAAUGUGUUCUGGAGGAGAAUAUGGUGGCGAUAGAAGGGGGUGGUCUGAGCCACAAGUACUUCGCCAUGCAGUUUCAUUUUCACUGGGGAAAAAUAGAUGACCAUUCAGAUGGCUCUGAACACUCUGUAGACUCAACAAGAUACCCAAUGGAGAUGCACAUUGUGAGCGUCAGAAAAGGAUUAUCUGUGGCUGAAGCAUUGAAAGACUCAGAAGGUCUCGCUGUACUGGGAUUCUUUAUUCAGGUAACACGUGAGAAAACUAACCAGAAGAGUUGGGAAACUGUGACAUCAUAUCUCUCUAACAUCAAAAAGAAAGAUAGCACAGUGGAAAUGUCAAGCAAAAUCUCAAUUGAUGACUUGCUUGGUGAUGUGGAUCUCUCUAAAUACUACCGCUACAAUGGCUCCCUGACUACCCCUGACUGUAAUGAGGCAGUGGUGUGGACUGUGUUUAAACAGCCAAUCAAGGUUAACAAGGAACUGGUGAAACUCUUCCCUUCUAUCAUGGGUUACUAUGACGUCUACCGCCCAAGACAGAAGCUUCAUAAUCGCACAGUUCGCACCAGCACUGCCCCGACUGGUCCUAGGCCCCAUCUACUCCCACUGCUCCUGUCUUUGCUGUAUGUGGGCUGUACAUGGAUGGGGGGAAAGUAAAGCGGGAUAUGGAGAGAUAAGGGGUGGUAACAUAAGACAUGGUUAAAUUAGGAACAAGACUUGAAUGUUUGGUAACUACUGCAAAUAAAUAAUGGUGAGGUCUACUUUAGUUAAGACACAGAGAAAACAGAAGUGGUCAGAGAAGGAGUGAAACAUAUCAAAGUGGAAUGAGAUGUAGAACCAAGAAAUAGAAUAGAGGAAAUAUAGGAAAAAGGCAGGGGAACGAUGAUACAAUUGUAUUAUGCAUAUACAUUCAAUUUUAUAGAAUCAAGUAGUUCUAUUUUAAUUCAGGCUGAAUUAAAAGUUAACAAAGAAAUAAUCAAAUUAAUUCAGUCAAUUCAAAACAAUGUACAAAGUGGACAGGGCUGGUUCAAAGCAUAUGCAAUGACGAUGGUGUUGCCUAGGACAUCAUCCCAAUGAGGGGGUGAAAAACAAAGGGAAAAAUGCGGAAAUGGAAUGCUGUGUUGUGUUCAAGAUAGUUGUCAAACCCCUACCCCCCCAUCCCUAAUGUCUUGCCCACAGCAGCACAAAGGCUAAAGCCAGCCCUGGAACUACAGCAAUAAAGUUUGAAAAUGUUCAAAUUACACAUAUGUAACACAAUUCAUAACUUCUCAUGGAAAUAAAUUUACUUCAGAAUAAAACAUUUGUCAUAAUUA